AUGUUCCAGCCACAGCCAACUCCCUUCUAUCCCUUCUCUUCAUAUGGACCUCCACCAGUGUCUUCCGUUCCCCAGCUCGCGCAAUUCCACCCCGCCGGUCCGGGGGACAGCGUCGCUCCAACCAUGUUUGCAGACCCCAUUUUCACGCCCACGCCAGUCGCUUCCGACGCCGGGCUCAGCUUCCACUUCCACAACACCAACAACAACACCAACCCUAAUAAUCUGCCUCCGCGGUACAAGAUGUCGGGCCAAGGGGUGAGCGAUCUGGAGGCCCAGGAGGAGCUGGCGCGGAAUUUCCAGCCCGAUUUGCAGGGUCCGUUGGUGGGCGAGAAGAAGAGCAGUCUGGCCAUAGCAGAGGAAUACGCAAAGGCAGACCCCAUAUACGUCGCCAAAACUACAGCGCUCCCACAGAAGUACUCGCAUUACCGGCCAAUACUGGGGGAUGGGAAUUGCGGAUGGCGGGCCGCCGGCUUUUCGUAUUUCGAGACCUUGCUGCGGUUGGGAAACCAGGCUCAGUUGGAGGAGGAGGUGGCCCGAAUGAUAUCGCUAAACAACUUCCUCACAACAGUCGGAGGCUUCGAGGAUUGGCUUUUCGAGGAUAUGGUGGAAGAGACGACGAGUCUGUUAAAGGAUCUGGCAGAAUUGAUGCCAACUUCCCCUCAAGCCGCGGCCGAUCUAUUGAGGCAGCGCUUCAACGACCCCAAUGUAUCGAAUGCGAUCGUAUACCACCUUAGGCUCCUUGCCAGUUCGUGGCUGAAGGGAAGCGUGGCAACAUAUCAAGGCUUCAUACCAGAUAACCUGGGAGUGGACGGAUAUAGAAAGAAUUGGUUGGAGCCAGUGGAUCAGGAAAUCGACCAUCUGGGCAUGACCCUUCUCAUCGACGUGCUACUCAAGCCAAUAGGUUUUUCGGUCGAGAUUGUGUAUCUGGACCGGAGCGAGGGGACCCAAGUGAAUAGCCACAUUAUACAAGCCCAGGACUCGAAUGGUGCACCAACGAACCCAGGAGGGCCAGUGAUUCAUCUUCUUUACAGACCGAGCCAUUACGAUAUUCUCUACAAGGACCGGCCGCCAAUACCUCUCCAGGCCGUGGCCGAGAUGACCCGAAAUCCAAAUAUUCAGGUUCAUCGUGCAACAAAUUUUACCCAGCAUCCCUCCUCCAUCCAGAGCACCCCGAUGGGGCAGUUUUCACAAUUAGACCUCAACACCCUUCUAAGCAUCCCUGGCUUUGGGUUACCGUCACAGCCCUCACACCAGGGGUACGCUUCCCAAUAUCAGUCUCCAAUCGAGCAAGGCUACGCGGCUUCUCCCAUCUCGUCGAUAUCCCCCAUCUCUCCUGGCGCUUCGUCAGCAACGACCCCGUCAAGCACUGUUCUACAGCCAGCCUUUUCCGCACCACCACCGCCGCCAGCAUCAUCCUCGUUAACAUCACCAAAGCUCGCCACUCCUAUUGCUACCUUUCCACAAAGUACCACCCUACCAGUCCAUUCCCAUCUACCUCCACCUCAGCGGCCAACAUUGACAACCCAUCAAUUGCUGGCUGGCGACGUUCCUUCUCCAAGUUCGGCAGGUAGCUACUUCCGCCCCAGCAAAUAUGAAUGGGAAGCAGCAGCUGAUCGAGCUCAAGAGGGGCCGGUUCAGUUCCUAACCAGCACCUUUAAAAACAGCCAUUAUAACACGGCACAUUACAAUAAUCCGAAUUUUCAGCCCGAGGAAUGGAACCCAGAUGGCGAGGAGCAAAUUACGUCAAGGAAGAGGUCAAGCUGA